AUGUCCGACUACACAGAGGAAUACAUACGGCAGAAGCUGAUCGAAAAGCUGGAGGCAACGCACGUGGAAGUGGUCGAUGAAUCCGAUGGUUGCGGUGGCAAAUUUCGCGUCGUAGUCGUUUCCUCCCAGUUUCAAGGCAAACCUCUACUCCAACGACACAGGCUUGUGAAUGCUGCGCUGGAAGAGGAACUGAAAACGAUUCACGCUUUCUCGCAAAAAACGUACACCCCGGAACAGUGGGCCGGUGAAGCUGGUCCCUAG